GGAACUAGUACCCGUCCGGAGAGAGGCUAGCUAGGCGCUGUCAGAGUGCUGAGGGGCGGGGUGACGUGUCGCCCACCUAACCUGCCGCUGCUGACUGCUGACGUGUUGCCCCGCGCCAGUACAUGCACCAAGGAAACUCUAAAGCUCUGCGGCGUCCCUCAAAUCAUUGUCUCUUAUUGAACUGUGAUACUGUGACGGCCUGGCUGGGAGCGGCACUAGCGGUUCACUGAACACCCCGGGCUCAGCAGUGACGUGACCUCAGAUGUCAGAGCCCAGCACAUGAAUGUCACAUCCACGGUGCUGACCACAGUGAGUUGUAUGGAGCAGCGAUGGGAGAGGAACAGGUGCCUCCAGGACUCGUGGACGCUGUGGACAGCCUGAAGGAAGCACUGAAGGCUGGACGCACUGACAUAUUCCGCAAAUUGCUGGAUGCGUGUCAGACAGAAAGUUAUGGAGGUGGACCUGAAGCUAGAAACCAACUUAUAAAUAGUUUAGCCACAGAAGAUGGAACAUUCCUACAUAUGGCCACUAAGCUGGGUCGGGGUGACAUAAUCCGGGCACUGCUGGCUGCUGGAGCUGAUCCUGGGGUGCACGACACAGCAGGCAGUACUCCCCUUCACUUGGCCCCCUCUCCGGCCAUCACUGCCAUCUUCACUGAGGAGCUACUGAGGGCCACUGCACAGUCUGAUGUUGGAAGAGUGUGUCAGCUGGUGGCAGCUGGCCUGAGCAUCAACUCCCAUGAUAACCCACUGAGUCGCAACACCCCUCUGCACUGGGCUGCCUCCUUUGCUGAUGCAGACACUGUCACAUGUCUGAUAGCUCGUGGUGCUGAUGUCAAUGCAGCCAAUACUGAUGGAGCAACACCUUUACAUGAUGCUGUGGCAAGAGGGGAUGAGGCCAUUGUGAAACUUCUGCUGCAGCAUCAGGCCAAUCCUCAUAUUCAGUGUUACAAAGGGCGGCAUAAGGGAAAAACUGCCUUUGAAAUGGCGUCCAAGAAACUAAAUCUCAAGGUUCUUUUGGAGGAACAUGCUGUCACUAAAGAACCCACCCAAGUAAAUGGCAUCAGCAAUGGGAGUGUGUCUCCGCUGCUGGAGCGGUGCUCUCUCAAUGACAGAGAGCUUGGUCUAUCUCGCGGGGCCUCAGGAUCUCUAGAAUCUCUCACAAGUCUGGGUGCUGACAGUGUGAUGACAGGGCUAGAGGGGAUCAACGGGGAGACUCAUAUCCCCAGACAGCCUUUAGUCAAUUCUUCUCAACCUCGCUCUCCAUUGCAGUCCUCCUCAUCCUUAGAACUCAGCCCAGGGAUGGAACAGGUUUGUGAACGACUGGCCUCAGCUCAACUCACAGGCCCCCCGCGCCCCCUCGUUACCAACCCGUCGCUUCACCUCCUAUGGCCCCAACCUCGCCGCAUCAUCGAGCUGAGUGGUGCUGGCUGGUCACCACCCUCUGCCGCUACACUGGCUGUUGUGAAUGGCAUAGUUCCUGUUCAUAAAAUUGUAGAUGUGUGGGACAUUCACAAGAUUUGGCUAGAAGAGGUGGGCUGCAUCGUGUCUCUGGGAACUGUGGUGGGCACUCGUGACCUCCCUACACAACACACCUUCACCUGCAUUGUGGACUCGGCCCUCACCUCCCACCCCCAUCAGUACACCCUCACUAUACAAGACAAUAAGGUAACAAUGGUCUGUGGAUCAGUAGAGAGCUUGCACAGUGCCUUAGUGACCCUAGUACAACUACUGCGAGUGUGUGCGACGGCUGGUAAUGGGAGCGAGAAGGGCGUCGUGCCUCCUGUGGUUAUAAUGGACCAGCCUUCCCUUGUGCACCGAGGCUUCCUGCUGGACCUCUCCCCCCAUGCCCGAGUUCCCACCUUGGAGCGUGUAUGUCAAAUGGUAGACUCCCUCCUGGCCCUAAAGAUAAACCAACUGCACCUUUUGUUCCGAGUAACUCCCAGCGCUUGUGGUCAUCCCUAUUCUCCAAGUGAGGUUGUGUCUCUAGACCGCUACUGUAGUGACCGAGGAAUUACUUUGGUCCCAGCCUUUGACAUAGAGGACAAUGUUACCUCUGGGCAGGUGGUCAGUCUCUCUGGGGUGAUAAGUGCAGCCCUCACCCAUUUCCCUUCUGCAAGGUAUGUUCAUAUUGGCCCAAGACUGACAGCAGUUUUAGCAGAAGCAAGUCUGACAGAAAACUCUUGCAGUCCGUGGGCCCAGCUUGGGCUUACUCAGUCUACUGUUCUUCUGGUUUGUGCCAAUGUUUUUCACAACAAGAGCCAACAGCUGGCAAGCCUUCCUCCCUCUGCCAUAUUAGUGGAGUAUGGCUUCCAGGCUGAUUAUGACUUUUCCUGUGGUGUUCAACUUGCUGUGGGGACAGGACGCCCACUGGCAGUGUGUCCCGGCACAGCAGCAUGGAGCAGCCUCAGUGGGUGGCCUGAGGCUGGGGUGAGCAAUGUGUACAGUGGAGUGGUUGGAGGAGUGGAGGGAGGAGCCAUGGGCGUGGUGGUGGCUCACUGGUCCAGCACUGCCGCCCUCACCCCGCUGGUCUUUGCCUGGCCACCAAUACUCGUAGCUGCAGGACUCUCAUGGAACCAUAACACACAUUGGGACUAUGUGCAUUCAUCUGUGGGUGCCUUGGUGGAUACUCACCUGGUGCGGGUGCCGGGGUGUGGCUUGGGAGCAGCCUUGGUGGAGCUUGGCCGAUGUGAGACCUGGCUCACACGAAUGUCUAGAGGGCAGUCACCUGCAGAUGUGACUGACUUGCCAUCCUCCUCACCUGGCUCAGCACUCUACCAGCUCCUGGCAGAUCCAGAUUCUCUGCCUUUGGAAAACCUCACAACUGAAAUUUUCACUAGUGUGAUGCGUCAUGUGAGGCGAGCAGUGCGUGAGGGGGACAACGCAGGGGUGCAAGGAAUCAGCCAGGCCUCUGCAGCUUCUCCCUGGCCCCUGUCUACCUUGAUGGUGCUGGAGCUCCACUUGUCUAUGGAUAUGAUUAUCACAGCUUGCAGACUGGGCCGGUCCUUGGUAUCUGUUGGGACCAACCCACGAAGCAACAUGGGAGUGGCUGUGGUCAACCCUGGUGUUGGCAACCUUCCUCCAACCCUCCGCACAGAUUUAGCCAACAAGGUUCUGUCUUUACGGGAAGUGUACAGCUCCGUGUGGCAACAAGGCCAACAGGCAGCCGGCCUCCAGUCCUCCUUGCUGGUGCUCACCUCCCUACUGGCCCGCCUCCUCCCAGACCAUUCCCUGCAGACCUCCUGAGCUCCACCAAGCAGCUUCCCCAACUGCUCUGUGGAUAAGUGUUUAUAUUUUCAAAAGUAAAUUUUUCAUACUACAUUAUAUAGAAAUCAUUGAUUAGCCUCACAGCCAUUAGUUUUCUAUUAUUUAUUAUAUCACUGAAUGAGAGUCUAUUGUAAAAGACUUAUUCCAGAGGAAUAUUGAAGGUAUAAAAAUUUGUGGAUUGUGAUUUCAAAACAUAUUAUUGGAAAAUAUUGUUUUGAUUCAGGAUUUAUAUUUGGUAUUUUUAUUUCAGACUUUUGUACAAUUGACAAAACAGGUAUAUUUAGUUGACAUUCUCAGUCUCUCAGAACUCUUGGAUGUCAUCAGCAUUUGGAUGAUAGAUUCUCUCCCAGAAAGUACCAAAGGUUGUAUAUAACAAUUUUUCUAUGGAGGCAGUAUUUCUUUGUAUUAUGACAUGAUGCAAAGCAGUAAAUUAUAUGGAGUGCU